AAAAUCUAUCUUGUCUAUUGUUUCCAUGAUGGUUGUUGUGUUUUGUUACGAUUUUACCGAAAUGUUGACGAUAUGACCGGCAUAUCAGAAUUUAAACAAUUGUUUCCAAUAGACAGUCUUCAAAAAGUAUUCGACCUGUUCGAGCAUCAAUUCCGGAGUGAAAAUGAGCCCGAUUUAGCCUUCUUCUCGAUUAUUGUUGGCGCAGUAGAAAAUAACCUUACAAACAUUAAAAACAGCGAUAAAGAUGUGAAUUUGGCGUCCAAUAAGAUAGCGAAGGUGAAGUUCCCGUGUAUAGAAUGGGAGGAGGUGUCGGUGCUGCACGAGCGGUUCGUGUCGCUGAUGCGCGGCGGCGUGGAGGCGCGGCUGCUGGGCGCGGGGGCGCCGGCCACGCGCGAGCUGGUGAAGCGGGUGGCCGACGUGGUGUGGAACUCGCUGACGCGCAGCUACUACAAGGACCGCGCGCACCUGCAGUCCAUCUACAGCUUCCUGACGGGCAACAAGCUGGACUGCUUCGGGGUGGCGUACGCCGUGACCGCGGGCUGCCAGGCGCUAGGCAAGCGCGACGUGCACCUCGCGCUGUCCGAGGACCACGCCUGGGUCGUGUUCGGGAAGGAUGGAGCCGAGACUGCUGAAGUGACAUGGCACGGCAAGGGCAAUGAAGAUAAAAGGGGCCGUUCAGUUGGUGAUGGAGUAUCAGCAAGGUCCUGGCUGUAUGUUGCUGGUAAACCAGUAGUCUGCACGCGAGAGAUGGAAGUGGGUGCUCUUGUGUCCUCUAUAAACUACACUCUGACACCCACACUGGAUGUGCAUGAAGUAGCUCUGAUGCAGUACCGAUUGCUGUGGAUGCUGUAUGACAAAGGUCACUUAGAUGCCUACCCUAUGGCACUUGGAAACCUUGGUGACCUGAUCGAUUACAUGCAGCAAAGAUCAAAUUCAUCAGAAGAAGCUAAAGAUCAUCCACUGAAAGAUGAAUGGGGCAGUAUAGGGCCGACUGGGUCGCCCCGGCCGGACUCAGCGGCUCUGUACGCCCAAGCCAUUAGGGCUUCCAGGACCCAUUACGAGGACAGACAUGUCUACCCAUACACAUUCCAAGGUGGUUAUUACCAUCGAAAUAAGAUGUACAAAGAAGCAUUCCAUGCAUGGGCAUGUGCAGGGGAUGCUAUUAGGCACUAUAAUUAUUCCAGGGAUGAUGAAGAGAUCUAUAAAGAGUUUGCAGAAAUAGCCAAUGAGCUGAUCCCUCAAGUGAUGAAAGCUGAGAGCUCAGGACACUCUGCCAGGUCCAUCCUGAAGGAUCCCGAGUGCUUUGCAUCUCUUCUUAGAUUCUACGACGGCAUAUGCAAGUGGGAGGAGGGCAGCCAGACGCCGAUCCUGCACAUCGGCUGGGCCAAGCCGCUCGUCAGCACCAUCUCCAAGUUCGACGCGGACGUGCGUGCGCAGGUGCACAUCAUCUGCAGCCCCGACUCCGACCAGCCGGACCCCCAGGACGAGAACGGCAAAGAUGGCGACGAGAAGUGGAACAACAACGCCGAGUUGAGCGUGCGCGACCAGUUGACGGCGGCGGUCAACAGCCGGCCUAAAGUUACGCUGUUCAGCCACAAGAUGGCGGCGCUGAAGCCGCUGCUGUUGGCAGGAAGGUUGAACACACACGCGCUUCAGUUGCAGCUCACAGCGCAGAGCCAGCUGCAGCGGCCGCACGCGCCGGCCAAGCGCCGCGACGACGACGACGCCGCGCCCACCGCGCGCGCCAAGCGGGCCCGCCGCGAGCGCUGAGCACGCACCACCACCUCGAAUUGUCUAUGGUAAAGCGUACAUCGCUCUUAAGCCGCGUACAGACCGGCCCAACGAACGGGUUUCGUUGACCUUCGUUGCUGCAAUCUGACCUGUAUUAUGUAUGAUAAAUAUCCAUCGUUGGGCGUUCAUUCGGCGUUCG